AGACUGAGACAUCCGUCCUAAAGAUGAGGUUCGUGUUUGGCUGGGCUGUGUUGGUGGUGACCCUGGGGGUCCUUCACUGUACCCCAGAGGACCUGCCAACAGGCAUAUCAGAGGACACCCUAAAAAAGCUUUCUCUAGAUGGAGAGAAGCUGGUGGAUGAAGAAGUGAGGAAAGCGCUUCAUGGAGUCAAGCAGAUGAAGGAGAUCAUGGUGAAGAACGAGGAGAAGCAUGAGCACCUGAUGAAGUCUCUCCGACACAGCAACGACAAGAAGAAGGGGGCGUCCGAGCUGACCCAGGAGGUGACGGAGAAGCUAGAAGAGGCUGAGGAACAGUGUAAGAUCUCCCUCCAGUCUGAAUGGGAAGAGUGUCGGCCGUGCCUGGAGGACGCGUGCAAGACCUUCUACACCUCCACCUGCCGCAGAGGAUUCUCUACUUUCCGUGUCAAGGUGGAGAACUUCUUCCGUAGGGUUUCCUCUCGCUUCAGCCCCCGGGAGCAGCGUCCCCUAGUGGUGGAAGGCAGCGUGGACGACGUGGUGGUGAAUCAGAGCUCAGAGAACUCAGACGUGGAGGUGGUCCGCAUCGAGGACUCUUUCAGCCGCCUGCUCACCAAGGUGACCUCCCUGUUUAACCGCAGCAGGGUGCUGGUCUCCCGCAUCCAGAACAAGCUGGACUCGGCUCUGCAGAAGGCCUUCUCUCCCAAGCUCAAGGACCAGGUGAAGCCCACUGAGGACCCCUUCUCCCCGGACCGCGACUCUGCCUUCCUCAAGGGAGUGGGCCUGGAGGAGGUCCUGGACUCUUUCUUUGACUUUGGGAAGAGCGUCGUGGAGGAGUUUGGGGCGGUGGUCACCCAGGUGUUCGAUGACCUGCAUGAUGCUGUGGAGGAGGAGUCUAAGAAAGAGAAGGACUUGUUUCCCCGCUUCCUGCAGAACAGGAAGUUGUGCAGAGACCUCCGCAGACAGACCUCAGAGUGCUGGCAGCUGCAGAACCAGUGUGAGGCCUGCCAAGGAGCCUUGCUCACAGAGUGUCCCAGCGUGCGGGAGCUGCACGUGGAGCUGGAUGAGGUGUCUCAGUUGCUGGAGGUUUCCAAGGAGCAGUAUGACGAGAUCCUGGGCAUCGUGCAGCGCCACACCGAGGACACGGUCAGCUGGCUCUCCAACAUGGACACUGAGUUCAGCUGGGUGGCCGAGCUAGCCGACAGCACCAACAUGCCCAAGAGUCUGUUCCGCAUCACCACGGUGUCCCAGACCAGCGAUGGAGACAACGCUCUCAAAGCAGACACCAAGGUGGAGGUGAACAUCCUGAACUCUCCCUCCCUCAUCCUCACCGUCCCUGCAGAGAUCAAGCUUCAGGACCCGACCUUCAUCCAGUACGUCACCCAGGAGGCCCUGGGCAUGUACAAGCAGAUGGUCCGGCAUGAGGAUGAGUAAGGCAGAGGGAGGAGUUAUGUGAUGGAAGAGUCAUGUGAUGGAGGCCACGGUCCAUGUCAUGUCCUAGUUUGUGGACGUCUUUUCAAGUGGUAGCCUAAGCACAACGUAAACAUUAUACUCUGUUCAAUAUUUAUUUUCUAGAUUAAAUGUAUAAAUGGAUGAAACACUGUUCAUAUUAUAUUAAGUUAAAUGUAAACUUGAACCAAAUUACCUUAAAAAUGUUGUCUUAUUGCAUGUUGUACAGUACAAGACAUUCCAAUAAAACUAUUUAUUCCAUAACCUGAGUAGGCCUACUAUUCUAGCAGUAUUCCUUAAAUGUUUAUAGUGGUAUUUUACAGAAACAUAGCUAACCACCUUUAUAAAAAUGUUUUUAUUUUUGACUGUACAAAUUCAUCAGAUUAGUAAUUCUAUUGACAAUUUCCUGUUACAGUUUUCAUUCACACAGGUCCUGCUUCUCAUUCUGACAACACAUACAGUUGUUUCCGGAUAUGUAAAAAGAACAAGACAGGUUUUCACACUUUUCCAAAGUUCUCACCAUAACCACAAUGACAAAAUUACUACCAUAAGAAGUUAUUUACCUCAUCACAAAUCUCCAUGUAGACUGACCACAGACUUCCCUGGGGAAACCGAACCAAGGACUCCAAACAAAUUCAGAGAACAUGAACUUAACGCUACUGGACAAAAGCUGAGAAAACUGAGAAGUGCCCCUCCUGUCGGACUCAACGGAAAGUCAACAUUUGACAGAGCCCUAACUCAAAGUGAAUAAACCAGCCUGUGUUUGGGUAGACAUUACCCUGCCAUAGCCCUUUGUCAAGAUACUUUGCAUAGAUGUAUUAUGUAUAACACCAGCCACCAGAAAUAUUUCAGUUUUUACUGCCCCAGUUUAACAGACUGCUCGAAUAUAGAAUUCCAGACUAUUAUAUCUUUGGAUCAGUAAACAUUAAACUCUGGGAACCAGGAGAAUGUCAAUGAAUAGGACUGUAGUGUGCACUGUGCAUGAAUCUUUAGUGAACUGCAGGGGGCGAUCUUGACAUUAAUAUACAUAUCACAAAGCAACCAAAAACAGCUGGCUCAAUGAUUUAAAGUUUU